AUGAUCCACCGCGAAGUAGCCGAUGGUCUAGAGCGUCUUUGGAACGUAAGAGUAAACUGCAUAUGGGAAGCCGAUGAAAGUAGUCGCCAUGGAGAGGUUUAUAUAUUCGACCAUGUAUUUAAGCAGGAAUGUACAAAUUCAGAUGUAUAUGGAUCUGUAGUAAAACCUUUAGUCGAUUCCUUCAUGGAAGGUUUCAAUGCCACAAUAUUUGCAUAUGGCCAAACAUCUUCUGGCAAAACACACACCAUUUUGGGCAAUAAAACAGAUCCUGGGCUUUUCCAAUUAGUAUCCAAUCAGUUAUUCCAGCAUGUGGCAGACCAGGUUGAUAAGAGGUACUUGAUUAGAUGCAGUUAUAUUGAAAUCUACAAUGAAAAGAUCAAUGACCUCCUGGAUAAGAGCAAUCAGGGUUUAACUAUAAGAGAAGAUAUCAAAGGAAAUGUGCUGCUUGAUGCAAGGGAAGCUGUCGUAGACAAUGUUGAUAAAGUUAUGGAGAACAUGAUGCAGGGCAAUAAGAUCAGACGAGUUGCAGCUACUCGCAUGAAUGAGAGGUCAUCUCGAUCACACACGAUUUUCCGGAUUAUUCUGGAGUCGAAAGAUGCCAAUCAGAAAGAUGGACCUGUACAUAUAAGCUACCUUAACUUAAUGGACUUAGCUGGUUCUGAGAGAGUUUCUCUGACGAAAGCUGCUGGUGAGCGUCUUAAAGAGGGGGCUAACAUAAACAAAUCUUUGUCAGUAUUAGGAAAUGUGAUAAGGCAACUAAGCGAGGGAAGGAGUUUAUCAGUUAUCGCGAUUCGAAAUUGA